CAAGCGUUUUCCAAAAACCCCUUAUAGUUAACACACUGCCAGUGUGGAACCGGUAAAUAUAAGUAAAUGUAUACGCUUCAUUAUUUCAGUUGGAUCAUGGCUUCGGUGGGGUUUAUGAUCGUCAACGGAUUUCUCGGUUUACUGCUGGUAGCCAGUACCAACGCGUCGCUACAGUGCCAGCAGUACUGUCAGCGCCAAGAUGUCCUGGUCAACUACGGCAAUGACACGGUGAUAACGUUUUGUCAGCUGUGGGAAGAUAAGGAUGCUGUCAUUGACCCGGCUAUUGAGCUGGGUCUGGAGACGCUGCGAGCGGAUUUUCCGACGAAUGUCCGCUUCGAAUGGAUUAAGGCAGCGUUGCCGGGUGGAUGCAACGAUGAUACAUAUUUAAUGAUGUCACCGGCGGCCGUCGAGCUGCACAUGCAGCGCAGUCUGGCCGGCUGCUCGGUGUUGAUGGGACCCGCGUGUACCGCGUCGGUGGAGCAGAUUCGCGGUCUGGUCGGUCGGUGGAAUAUACCGGUCAUCAGCACGGAAGCCGGCGGUAUUUCAGCGGACCAGAAGGUGGCCAGCAAACUGCUCGUGCGGCUGGGUUUUACCCAAAAUGCCGUUGGAUUAUUUAUCGUGCAGAUCCUGAAUUUAUUCCACUACACCAACAUCGCUGUAAUUUACGAUAACGAUAGCGCAUCAUCCGCAUUUGGUAAAGGUUUCGAAAAGCUCCUGCAGGAUACGGGUGGGAAUAUUGAUCUGGGAUCGCGUAUGUUCCCCAUGAAUUCCAUUAACUCCAAGAGUGAUUGCCGGGCCAUAUUGGGGCGAGCACGAGCGGUAGCCAGAGUGAUUAUUAUUGCCGCCAUGUGCAAUAUCACCCGCGAUAUGAUGUUGACCGCAUCGGAUAUGGGAAUGACAAGUGGAGAUUAUUUGUACAUUACGAUGGAUUUAUUCUACAUCAGCGGCCAAACCGGCUCAUUGACCUUUAAGGCCACUACCAGUACGGCCAGCCAGCGGGAGUAUGAUGCGGCACGGCUGGAGAACUUCCAUAAAGACGGAGGCGAUUCCAAUACAUUAAAAGACGUGCAGAAGGCCUUUCAGAGUCUCUUCGUGGUCAUGCUAAAAAUGCCGGAUAAUCCCGAAUAUCUGAAGUAUAUGGAGCGGUUGAAGGAGCUGUCGGCUCGCAAGUACAACUUUACAUAUCCGGCUGCGGACAAGGUGGACGAUCGUGCCGCUUCUUUAGUUCCGCAUGCCGUUAUGGGAUUCUUCGAUGCGUGCCGGCUGUACGGAAUUGUUCUAAAUGAAACACUACACGAAGGCAAAGACCCGUCUGACGGCCUGGCCCUGACCCGCAAGAUGUGGGGCCGCGCUUUCCAGGGUGUCGGAACCGAGAUUGUCCUCAACGAGAUUGGUGACCGGAUCUUUGACUUCUACUUGCUGAACUUCGAUCCAGUUACCUCGGAGUUUGUGCCGGCAAUCGAAUUCAUCGCGGCGACCAAGAAACUUGUUCGUCUCCGUGACAUCGUCUGGGCCGAUCGUAAAGGUCCGCCGCCCAACACGCCGCCGUGUGGAUACGACGGGAAGAGCGGGCUGUGUGCAGACGAGAGUGCUGGUUUCCCACUUGGCGCCACUAUCGCCAUUGCCGUCUGCGGGGGCGGAUUGCUGCUGGGUGGACUGGGUUUCUGGCUUUAUAAGCGGUGGCGCGAUGAGAGAAGCCUUAAUGAGGAAUACUGGAGAAUACCAUGGGCCGAUAUUACAAGUGUUAAACGAGCGGCUAGUUCCACAUUCAGCGCUAGUCUACAUAAAAGCAAAGGCUCAAAGCUGGGCGAAAACGAUUCCAAGCGUUCCGUUGUAAUACAAUCGCGUACCGGUCUGAUAUCCGGUAAAACGUUAUCCAGCAACAAUUCUUCGCACAUCCCCAUUUUCAUCGAAACCGGAAUCUACAAGGAAUCACCGGUGGCCAUCAAGCGCAUCGGCACCGUGAUUUAUUUCAACCGCAGUCUGUAUUUGGAACUGCGCAACCUGCGCAAUUUAAUCCACGAUCACAUUAAUCGCUUUGUGGGCUUGUGCGUGGACGCCGGCAACGAGAGCAUAAUUACAGAUUAUUGCCCCAAAGGCAGUCUCCGUGACCUCCUGGAUCGGGAAUCAUUUAAUCUGGAUUGGACAUUCAAGUAUUCCUUGAUUAACGACAUUCUGGAGGGCAUGAGUUACCUACACUCAUCACCGUUUAAAUCCCAUGGGAGAUUGACCAGCCACAACUGUCUAAUCGACGGACGGUUGGUGGUGAAGAUUUCCGAUGUCGGAUUGUGGCAGCUACGACCCAAGUAUCUGGCCUUCCUGGACCCGGAGGCCGAAGAGCGGCAGCUGCGGCCCAUGUUGUGGGUGGCGCCGGAGCAUCUGCGGGAGCCGAUGCCCAUCGGCGGCAGUCAGAAGGGCGAUGUGUACAGCUUCGCCAUUAUGCUGCAGGAGAUUGCACUGCGCACGGAGCCGUAUGAAGAUAUGAACGUUGAUAUACGCACGAUUAUUCGUGAAGUUCGCAAGGGCAGCAACCCGCCCUUCCGUCCGCGCUUCGACCCGACGAUUUGUGAUCCGGAAUUCUACCACACCAUGACCGACAGCUGGACCGAGUACCCCGAUGAGCGUCCGUCGUUUGAGCUGAUUAAACAGCGCUUGCGACCGCUAAUGAAAUCCCGUUCCGGCAACCUGAUGGACAACCUGAUUAAACGCAUGGAGAAGUACGCCGCGGACUCGGAAGCCCUGGUGGUCGAGCGUACGCAGGCCUUCAUGGAGGAGAAGCGCAAGUCGGAAGAGCUGCUGAACCAGAUGCUACCAAAGCCGAUCGCAGAGAAACUGAAACGAGGAGACUACAUCGAACCGGAAACUUUUGAACAUGUAACCAUUUAUUUCAGCGAUAUUGUUGGAUUCACGGAACUGUCUUCAUCCAGUACCCCGUUGCAAGUCGUUGACCUUUUAAACGAUCUUUACACGUUACUGGACAGUAUUAUCGAAGGAUUCGAUGCGUAUAAAGUGGAAACGAUUGGCGAUUCAUAUUUAGUUGCCAGUGGACUACCCCAGCGCAACGGUAGUCGUCAUGCAUACGAACUGGCACGCAUGUCCCUAAAGACCAUCAAAGCGAUGCGGCGUUUCCACAUCCGUCAUCGUCCCACUGAUCAUCUGCAGUUGCGCAUUGGCCUGCAUACCGGACCGUGUGCAGCUGGCGUUGUUGGUUUGAAGAUGCCCCGUUAUUGCAUAUUUGGUGACACGGUUAACACAGCCAGCCGAAUGGAGUCGAACAGUGAAGCCAUGAAAAUCCACAUUAGCUCAACAACAAAGAUCCUUCUGGACUCGUUUACGGAGUUCAUCAUUCAGCUACGCGGUGAAAUCGAUAUAAAGGGAAAAGGCAGCAUGACGACGUACUGGCUUUUGGGCAGUAACGAAUAAAUUACCUUCCUGACCGAUAUUGGGCAUGCCAAGUUUACACAUAAAGCACUUCGACGAUGAACUGAUCCGGUUUUCCUGAUCAAGCGGCACAUUUCAAAUUAUCAUGUUCCAUUACGCAGUUGCGUGCUUCACCACCAGUUGACUGUUAAUUUCGGAUACUACUUUAUUUCAUCAGGUUACGGCGCAACGAAAUAUGGACCCCGCGCAUACGCUUUAUUUAGAACAACUGUUUACUCAAUACAAAUUAGAAUUUUUUCA